CGGUCUUCCUUUCCCAACUCGGUCGACGCGUUCGCCACGGCUGCGCAGUCCUCCUCCUCGCCUCCGAUCCCCUCCCUUCGACGAUGCGAGCACACCCGCUCAUCCUCUUCGUACCUGCACCGCCACCUCAUCCUCUUCCUCGCCGCGCCGACACCCACCGCGCUCUCUCCCUCCCGCGGCGACGCCCUUCGCCAACGAGAACCGCACGCCGUCGUCUCCCACGGGCACUGUCGCACGCUGGGCCACGCUGCAGUCGGUGGCGCCGCCACACCUUCUUCCUCCAUGUGCCGUCGCCGCCCUAUUCUUCUUCGAGAUGCAGCCGCUAGCGCUGCCCUCCUCCCAGCUCCCCUUCAUGGCCGCGUGCAGGUGGACCGCUCCCCACCCCGUCGCCUUCCUCCUCGUACUGCCCCCAAGAACGCCCUAGGUUACUUUUUCUUAGAUUUGCCUUUUGGUUUCAAGUAUGUUUCUCUGAUGCCCUAGCUGUCUGGUGGAUUAAAUUUAAUUAUUGAGCUGCAACUUUCACCAAUUGGUUUGGAGAAAGACAAUAGAGGCUUGGGUUCUUUUAGUUAAGAAAAAUUGCGUCCGUGUUCAGUUAUAACAUAAGAUUGUUUAUUGUUCUCUGUAAUCUCACAUUUCUUUUUCUAUAUAUGAAUAGGGACUAUGUGCCAGUGUUAGUUUUUGGUACCAGUCUACAGGUCUUUCAUUUCUACAUUCAAAGGUGAGAAUCAAUCAUGUUCGGCUCCCUUUAAAAAAGUAAUGUUUCCCAAUCCUUCAUAGUAAAACUAAACACACAUUGUAAAGACAUUUGUCGUACGAGAUCUUUUAUAGAGGUGUGUUUUAACCCAAAGGCAGGCUGUGGAGAUCAAUUCCAGAUAUUGCCUUCUUGUUGUGUCUCAGUUGAUUUUUUUUAGCAUUGAACGUAACUUACAGUUUGACAUAACAAGCGGUGAAUGUAACACUACAGUUUAACUCAACAAGCCAUUGGCUGUAGCUCACAAUCAGCUUGGCUGAACUGCCAAAAAAAAUACAAGCAGUCCAUUACAGUUCAACUUAACAAGAGCAGUUCUGUUGGUAAAGCCGAUGCAAAUAAGUACCAAUUGUUAGUUAGGAAGGGAAAAGUGUCAGCAGUCAAUGGCUGAUUAAAAAACUAAAUGUCUUUGAAUUUGUUGGGCCGUGUGCCUAGUGCCUGGCCUAUUAACUGGCUUGUUCGCUGCGGCUUUAAUCCGACUGCGACUGCGGCUUCUACAGUAUUUUGUCUCUAGGAAUUGCAGCUGCAAUAGUAUUUUGCAGCUGCAACAGUGCUCCCGCAUGGGCAGCCGAACAAGCUAAACAUGUACAUAUAUACUUAUUAUACCAGUGAGGUGUGUGUAGAGUAGUGUACUCUGUACUCUUCCAGAAAACUUUACAUGGUACCGGAACCGGGACCAGCGGCGACGGUGUAGUGGUGAGGAGGCAGAGGAGUGCCUUCGGCCUCGACGGAAGAAGGCCGCCGAUGGAGAAGAAGACCAGCUGGGAGCGUGGCGCGGCGUCGCGGUCGUGCACGAGGAGGAGGAGCCUGCACUUGCCGGAGGGAGAAGAAGCAUGUAGCACGGUGCGGUGCUGCAGUCGUGCGUGAGUAGGUUCUUAUUAUUGUUUUCUAUCCUGCUGGAUAUGUAGUCAUGACAGUUAAAUUAUGUACAACUAUGAUUACAAACGGGAAUACAAGCUAGGAGUUGAGACCACAAUCCUUAUGAAAAGUUACACUGUAAGUAUGUCGUCCUGCUUGCAUUUCUUCCAUGUUCCUUUUCUCACUGUAAGCUUAGUUUUUGUGAUCAGCUUCCAGAUAGAAGAGUUAUUAAAGUAGACACUAAACGAUUCCAACCUCCUGAAUCUCUUUUUACUCCUGUAACACUUCCAUUUAUAUUUAUACAUAAUGGUAUUGUCAACAGUACACAUAGUUUCCAUCAGUUUGUUAAUAGUGCACCUUUAGAUUGAAUGAGCUUCUUGCAGAGCACCAAGGAUUAGGCAUUGAAAUGUGUGGAUAAAAAUAUUAGAGGACCACACAUCAUUAUUAUGCAACAUUGUCUAUGCACAUGAACAUAAUUGUAUCGGUAGUAAGCCGCCAGCAUGUUUGAAAGUUAAAAAUGUGAAUUAAGAACGAAUUAUCGUAUCCUGCUAUACUUAUGCAACCUACCAAGAAUUAGGGCAUUGUAGAAACCAUAUAAAGUAUUGAGAUCAAUUUGAAUUUGUCUGCCUCAUGAUUUUUUGAUACCUGACCUUUAUGAAGGUAGAGGACAACAUUAAGGAUGAUCAUAGACUACCAACAUUCUUCUUCAGAUUAAAUGUUAAAUUCAGUAAUUUAAUUUGUUUCAGGUGAGCCUUCUUCACAUAUUGAGCAACAAUAAUCAUCUUCGUGGUCAUGGUGGUGAUGACCAUGAUGCGCCUAGAAAUGCAUGUGUGAAAUAUUCAAUAUAUGUCACCAUUUCUAUUUUCAGUAAUACAAGAUUAGACCAUCCCUGCACAUCUGCCUAUCUGCCUGGCAAAAUAUUAUCGUCGCUUCCAAGAUUGAGAAUAUGGCUGCGUUUGGAAAGCCUUAGAUUCUAGCAUUGGGUAACAUGUCUAUUAUCCCACAUUAUCUAAGUUUAACUAGAUACUCAUAUUUUAUGAAAAAAACUGCACUGAAAAAUCACGAGGUGCUAGAUGUUGCGCUAGCAGCAGCAUCAUAGCACAUCUUGUCUAUUCCAGUUACAAAUGUGCAUAUUGUAGAAUAUUUUUGUAACAUACUGCUGCUCCCUUCCAUUCGUUUUGGUUUUGGCAAUUUUCUAUGCACGUGUCGCUCAUCCAUGGUACCUCUUUUGUACUAAGAUCAUUGUGACAUUUAACAUGUUUACAUCAUCUCUUACUCGACACAUACUCACUGGACUAAUGUUCUUGUCCCUCCUUUUGCUUUCCUUAGCAGAUGGCGGAGGUUCUAAUAAGUAACCUUAUGAUUGGAAAUUGCAGUGAUCGGUUGUGUGUACGUGUCUCCCGUCUGUGAAAAAUUUAUGAUCCCGAGGAUGAGUAUAAGCUUUUCCAUGCUCAUAUGGUCCUCAUCGACGAGGAGGCUGGCAGUGCUCAUGCUCAAAUAUACCCUCCACUCACUGACGUUUUCAAACCUCUGAUAAAGGAGGGCAAUGUCUACAAUGUCUCCUACAUUCAGAUCAAGAAAGCUAAUAGGAUGUACAAGCAUGUUGACAACGAUAUCAUGAUCGGUUUCACAAAAUGGAUCCUAUGCUGCCUCAACAAACCCGCGGUUUGAACACGUGACAGAUGACGGCUUAGCUUCUGUGGAUGGACAUCUUGGUCGCUUUUGUAGAUGGAAUGUUUGGUUGGCUUUUGUAGACAGAAUUAGGCUGCACUUGUGAUUGUGUAACGCUUAUGAGCAUGGUUGUGUGGACUGUGUCGGCCAAAGUAUACCUCCCAAUGCCUUGUAUAUAUCACAUGCUUAGCUGUCUAUCCCCAACUAGGUCGCCUGAUAAUAGACUUCGAUCAUGUCAUGCUAUUCUAUAACAAUUUUCGCUGUAACUUGCCUAAUCGUCAUACUAUGGUACACGCUUAAAUUUGGUGCUGCAACUUUAUUGUGGAUUAUGUUCAGUC